ACAAAAACAACAAUACGACCCCAAGAAAGAAGCUUCCGCAUUCAGUCGCCCACCUUAUUCCACUUCUCCGCCUCCCUUUAUAAUCCGCUGACCACCACACAACCAUAAUUCAACAUCCACACUACACUUCAGUUUACCUUUCAACAGCCGAUCGAGAUUAUUCGUAAUCGUUAUAGUUUUUUGAGACAAUUCAUCGAACACGUAUACUUCGUCAGACGUAAUUCUAUGAUGCUGCAGAUUAUGAAGAUGUUACAGGGAAUUAAGUACUGUUUAUCAGAGCACCCAAUGAUUCUAAACUUCCGCUGGAGUCCGACCCAAUCCUGGGGCUCCACGUGGUCCUUCCUCUUCACCGUCAUCCCCGCCUACAUCGCCGCCGCCGUCACACUCCACCUCAUCCUCACCCUCUUCCGCCGCCGCCGUCCGGUCCCCCUCGGCCCAGUCCCGGCAGCGCACAGCCUCCUGAUGGCGGUAAUCUCCGCCGUCAUCUUCGUCGGGAUGCUCCUGUCCGCGGCCGCCGAGAUUCGAGACACGCGGUGGCUCUGGCGGCGGACCAAGACCACCCCGCUGCAGUGGCUCCUCUGCUUCCCUCUCGGCACGCGCCCCUCCGGGCGCGUCUUCUUCUGGUCCUACGUCUUCUACCUCUCAAGAUUCCUCCACCUCCUCCGCACAUUCUUCACGAUACUCCGGCGCCGCCGGCGACUCACCUCCUUCCACCUCCUCAACAAGUCGAUCCUCAUCUUCACGUCGUUCCUCUGGCUCGAGUUCUCCCAGUCCUUCCAGGUCCCGGCCAUACUCGCCACCACAGUGGAGCAGACCGUCGUCUACGCCUACCGCUUCUGGGUCGGGGUAGGGCUGCGAGGCGCGUGCUUCCCACUCGUGGCCAACUGCCAGGUGGCUUUGCUGGGAUGCAACCUGGCGUGCCACGUGGGCGUGCUGUUGGUGCAGGUAUUCAAAGGCGGGUGCAACGGAAUUGGGGCGUGGCUGUUCAACUCGGUGCUCAAUGCGGCCAUUCUUUUGCUGUUCAUGAAGUUCUAUGUGAGAACGCAUUUGAAGAAUUCAAACGUGGUUAGAGACGAAGGUGGUUCCUCACAUUGGGGAUCUGGGUUGGAGUCAAACAACGUGCUUAAACAAAGCUAGGCAAAACAGAAGCAGGUGAUGAGUUGUUACAGGUUUUCAAAAAAAAAAAAAAAGAUUUUGUUUGUAAUUUUAUUCUUUUACUGGGAAUAUACAUAGGAAACACAUUGUGAAUAUAUAUGAUCUGUUUCUUGAUCUGAUAAGCUUGUACAUCGUUCAAAAGAAAUGAUGUUAUCAAUAUACUUCAUGAGGACUUCGCUCCUUUAUGAUCGAUUAAGUAUGUUAUUCGAUAUCAAGUGGUUUAAUUUGUAUUUGAGGUA